CUCUUCCUCACGCCCAUUCUCUCCUCAAAUCAUCUUCUCUUUGCACAAGCAUUCUCUCGUCCCCUUGAGCCUUCAUCCCAUCUUCUCGCAGACUUUUUGCUCCGCAUCUGGCUUGAACUGCCAGAGCUCGUCAGCCUUGUGGAUCGACAAUUCGUGAUCAUCACCAGUCAUGUCUUCUCUACUGCCCAUAAACUGGGUCAUACCCAUCGCAGUAACAGCGGGAGGCACUUUAGUGAGCAAGCUAUUGGAGGACUGGCAUAUUUUUGGCGACAAGGAUCCAACUCCAUACAAAACCAGAGUUCGCAUCUGGGCCGGGAUGGACUACAACAGAGCAAAUGCUAGACAUAGCAGCUUGGGAGGGGCGAAGCCAAACGUCCGCCUAUACGACGAAUUGGGAAGAUCCCUCGGCACUACAAUUUUCAUCCCGCCAGAGGGUGCGAUACCCGAGGGAAAUUUCAGAGACUACGAGAUCGAGGGCUAUGAUCUGGAAAACGCGAAACCAACCGACGCUUGGGUGCACAGUAACGCUCGAGCAAGUUAUAUAGCAAUUUCGGCAAACGGGGACGACGCCCUCUGCAUCUCUGCCAUCGCCAUCACCUAUCCUGAUGGUGGCUCCGACCUCAUCCUUGGGGACAUUCCGUCCAAACUCUGUGGCUGGAGAAGCUAUGUAUCGGCAACAGAGCUCCCUAUUCCUGGACAGAGAAGCGCCACCUACAGGCCGCAGUGCUUCUGGAUAGACGGUAACGACUCUUUUGGAGAUCGCAAAAAACCCUGGGCAAAGGGUUCGAAUAUGCCGUACACUGUCGCCUUCCACAUCCGCGAUUUCAGAGGCAACAACGAUACUGUCAAUGCCUUGCAGGAGAACAAAGACUUGUUCUGUAAGAGUUCAGGUCGGAUGGAAGCUUGGCCUGAAAAGCAGAAUGGCAAAUUACAUGUGCGAAUCAACGUCUUCAAACCACCUCUAACAUAUGACGGAGACCAACCUACUUAUCUCGAUCCCAAAUAUGUAACCAACGACAAUGUCAAGCAAUGGGCCUUAACCGACACAACACUAGCACGUCGACGUACUGCUACGCCUGUCCUCGAUCGGCGGGAGACCGAUGCUUCCACAGCCGACGAGGAAUCCGAGCCGAAUGAAAUGCACCAACUUUGGUGGGCUCUUUCGACGAGCACCGAGCUGGAUAUGAGCGCCGAGUACGUUUGUAGCCAGCCAAACAUGGCGGGUCCUCAUUACGCCAAUCUGCACGAGGGCAAAUUCUGCAAGCUGGAUGACCAUACAGUAUGGGAUUUAUGUGGUGGGGACAUCAAGACGAAUUGCUUCGACAUGGACAGCCAGGUCCUUUGGGGUGAGUCGUCCGCCAUGUCGAACGCCACCUUCACCACUCAAGCUCUGAAUGUUACGGCUGCGAAUCCGAUCAUGAGCCUGCAGUAUCGCAUUGACAUGUAAAUGGUCUCUGCGCGAUGGAGGGGAAUAGGCGCAUGUAAUGCGAACAAAGCGGAGCUUGUCGCUGAUGCUGACGGGAUUGGUUUGGGUACGCCCGCCCCUUUUGGUCUGCCUUGGUCGGAUAUCAUCAAAAGGCAUAUCGACCUAUUGUUUACCUGGACGGAGAAGUCCAGGGACAUUCCUGGAGGGCGGAAGCUAACAGAAAGGGGUGAAAGAAUCAAGGAGCGAAAAUCCCAAAAAAGACAUCUCCGGCAGGCAUUUAUGGAAGACUGCAGGAAGGAAAGACUGUUCCACGGGUUAGUUCGAUGGCAUCUAGUUCCUCUAUGUUGGGUUCGGUUCAUGGAAACGGUUGAGAUUGAGAUUGACCGGUCCUUCAUGUGUAAUCAUCUGGCCUUGGAAGUUAUCAAGUAUGCGUCAAAUAAUAUAUUGAGC